AUGUCUUCCCCGCUUCCUGAGCUUCGAUGGGGCAUCAUCGCCACGGGCAUGAUCGCCUCCUGGUUCGUCACAGAUCUAAGUCUCAAUCGCCCGGAUGCCCGCGCGAAACACACUAUCCGCGCCAUCGGCUCAAGCAGUAAAGCGAAAGCCCAAAAGUUCAUGGAAGACUUCAUUCCCUCGUCUGAGCACCCAUCCGUCUCCUGCCACGGCUCCUACGCAGACGUCUACACGGAUCCAAAUGUCGACAUCGUCUAUAUCGCCACGCCCCACGCCUUCCACAAACAGAACUGUCUUGACGCCAUCAACGCCGGAAAGCAUGUACUCUGCGAGAAGCCAUUCACGAUCAAUGCGCAGGAGGCAAAGCUUGUUAUUGACGCAGCCAGAGAGAAAGGUGUCUUCGUAAUGGAAGGCCUGUGGACACGAUUCUUCCCAAUUGCAUCAAAGUGGAACGAACUUCUGCAUACGCAACAAGUCCUCGGUAAUAUCAACCGGACCUUUGUUGAUUUCUCCCUCGAUAUGCCGCUCAAAGAGUUGCCUGCUACAUCUCGCCUGUUGGAUGUCAAGCUCGGUGCUGGUUCCUUGUUAGAUAUUGGUAUCUACGCUAUCACCUGGGGUCUGUUGAGUCUGGAGACUCCGGGAGCUCGCGAGCAGCCCCAGAUCAGCGCGAAGCAGACAUUAGUCAAUGGUGUUGAUGUUAGUUCAUCUUUGCUGCUCUACUAUGAUCAGACUGGUCGUCAGGGUAUCAUUACCUCGUCGUUACUUCACAAGUCUAAUGAGGUUUUCGCCCGAGUCGAGGGGAGUAGAGGAACACUUUUCCUUAGUGGGUCUGCUGCUUCUAUGCCGGAUACUAUCACUUUGUCUCUAAAGCCUAGUAAUGCUGGGAAGGAUAUGGGGGAUAAGAGGCACGGAGUUGAUGAUGCUGAGAGGCAUGAGGAGGUUUUCAGGUUUGAGGAGACAACCGGUGGUAAGGGCUUCUACUAUGAAGCUGACGCCAUUGCUCUCGACAUUUGUUCCGGCAAGAAGGAGAGUGUGGUGAUGCCUCUGGAUGAGACGUUGAGAGUGAUGCAAAUUAUGGAUGAAGUGCGCGCUCAGGGUGGAGCUAAGUUUCCUCAAGAUGAACAAGCUUAG